UAACCUGGCCUGACAAACCUCACCGAAACCUCAACACCUCAGUCCUUUGACUCCUUUCCCCCUCUCCUUCAACACACCCUCUCGCCUUCAUCAAUCCGCUACAACCCACCAAGCUAACAAUGGCGGACAACUACAACGUAACUCCAUUAGCCUCUCUCUCCCUAACCCAUGUAUACUACAACCCAUCAGACCCGGUCUCGUACCUCUGCGCCUUUCUCUCCCUCUUGCCGCAGGCCCUGUGCGUCGUGUACGCCACGCUGCUCUGGUCGACGCGCGAGGCCGAGGUGCUGCUGAUGUUUGCGGGCCAGCUGGCGUGCGAAGGGGUCAACUUUGCGCUCAAGCGGCUGAUCAAGGAGGAGAGGCCCCGGGUGCUGCUGCACCAUGGCGGCGGCGGCGCGGCCGUGGGGCGUGGGUACGGCAUGCCCAGCUCGCACGCCCAGUUUGCCGUCUUUUGGGCCGUAGCGCUCAGCUUGUUCCUUGUCGUGAGACACCGGCCUGUUGCUGCUCCUGCUCCUGUUGCUGCCGGCAGCGGUGGUGGUGGUGGUGGUGGUGCUUCUGGAGUGCAGCAGCAGCAGAGGGAAAAGAAGGGCGGUGGAACCAAUGAGAAGGCGGAGAACGGGAAGGGAAAGGAUGUGCCUGCGUUGGCGGGUGCGCCCAGGGCUUAUAAACCCGGCGGCAUCUCCGCGCUGACCGCUUCCAUUGAGGCUUACUCGCAUGCUCCCUGGACGACGGCACAGCGGGUGGUUGUAAGCGCCGGCGCGCUGGUGAUCUCGGCGCUCGUGGCUUGGAGCAGGGUGUAUCUGGGGUAUCACACGGUGCGACAAGUGCUGGCGGGAUGCGCGGCGGGUGCUGUCAGCGCGGUGGGAUGGUUCGCCGUGACGUACCUGCUGAGGCAGACGGGCCUGCUGGCUUGGGCGCUCGAGACGCCCGUGGCAAGAUGGUUUCGGCUGAGAGAUCUGGUAGUGGUGGAGGACUUGUGCCAGGCCGGGUGGGAAAAGUGGGAGAGGAUGCGGAGAGAAGGGUUGGAAAGAGAAAAAAAACUGGCAUGACCGGAUCUGAAGCGCGCAGGCUAGACAAAAAAAUAGAGUCUAGAGGUACGUCCGCUCCAACCAUCUGCCGGCAUGAACUGUGUUUGAGAAUCAAGCGCCUGUGUUGAUGCCAUGUCCGCUUUGCAAUUUCACUUAAAUUGUCAACACCUAGUAUAUGUCUAUGAAUCUCAGCGAAACACCCCACCAUUGGUGUCAUAGGGAUACCCGCCGUUUGCAUUCGGGAAUCCCGUCAUGGGUACGUUGU